AUGUCCAACUAUGCGACCGAUAUCUUUACUCCCUUGUUCGCCAAGAUCCAGGAAGUCACUGGUUUCCCAGAUUUGGUGAAGAAGCAAAAAGAUAUUAAGGACGUUCUGGACGAAGAAGAGCAGGCUUUUACCAAGACGCUUAGCCGCGGAGAAAGGCAAUUCGAAAAGUAUUCAGCUCAGGCAUCCGCCACUGGAUCCAAGAAACUGUCUGGCGCCAAUGUUUGGAGGCUGUCCGAUACGUACGGUUUCCCAGAAGAUUUGACAAAGCUGAUGGCUGAAGAAAGAGGACUGAGCAUCGAUGAGAACGAGGUGGCAGACGCGCGACAAAAGGCUCGACAGGAUAGCAUGGUGAUCAAGAAUUCCGUACAAACCUUCGCAAAGCUGAAUAUUCACCAACUCGCCAAGCUCAAGGAAACGCUACAAUUGCCUCCCUCUGAUGACGAAUCAAAAUUCUCCAAGGGUAAUAUAACGGCUCGAGUCCAACUGAUAUUCACGGGCAGCGAGUUCCUAGAAUCAACGAAAGGCAUCCCGCCGAAUGAGCCUUUCGGACUCCUUCUAGACAGAACCAACUUUUAUGCCGAACAAGGUGGUCAAGUCACUGAUACUGGCCGAAUCAUCAUUGGCGUUGACGUUGCCGAAUUCAAGGUUCUCGAUGUGCAACAACUUGGAGGAUACAUUGUCCACAACGGAUAUCUUGAGUAUGGUGAACUCAAAGCCGGUGAUGAAGUUGUCAGCGAGUAUGAUGAGCUUCGAAGACAGCUGAUUCGAAACAACCAUACCGGGACACACAUCCUGAACCACUCCAUAAGAGAAGUCCUUGGCGACAUUGACCAGCACGGCUCGCUUGUCGAUCAGGAUAGGCUGCGCUUCGACUUCUCGCACAAAGCUACAAUUACUAUCUCCGACCUGAAGGUCAUUGAGGACAUGUCAAAUGCUUAUAUUCGACGGGAUUGCAAGGUCUAUGCCAAGGUUGUGGAGCUCGAGCUCGCACUGAGGAUCAAUGGUAUUCGUGCUGUUUUCGGUGAGAAGUACAUCAAUCCUGUUCGCGUCGUAUCCGUCGGUAUCGAUGUGGACAAGAUCCUGGAAAAGCCUGAAAAUCCACAAUGGCGUAAUUUCAGCAUUGAACUUUGUGGCGGAACACACGUCGCCAAAACUGGUUCUAUCAAGGAAAUGGUGAUCGUUGAGGAGAACGGUAUCGCCAGUGGCAUUCGACGUGUCGUCGCCUACACUGGUAAUGCCGCUUACGCUGCUCAACGCGAUGCUGCAGAAUUCGCAAAGCGAAUUGAUGAAAUUGAUGCCCUGCCGUUCGGCGCAGAGAAGGAGGCGGCCGUUAAGGCUGCUGCCCGUGAUCGCGAGAAUCUUAUUAUCUCCAAGGUUACUGCCGAAGGUCUCGAGGCUAAAUUCACUAAAGUUGUCAAGAGCGUCACCGAUGAACAAAAGAAGCGCCAGAAGGCUGAAAGUAAAGCUGCAUUCGAUGCAGUUACCGGGCACUUUGCCAAGGUCGAGAACAAGGAUGUUAAAUUCUUCAUUGGAUACUUGCCAAUCUCUGCCAACGCCAAGGUCAUUUUUGAUGUCAUAAAUCAUUACAAGACCAAUGAGAAGGAGAAGAGUGUUUACUUGUUUGGUGGUAGCACUGCUGAGGGCGCCGUGGUCCAUGGCGUCUACGUCGCGAAGGAUCUUGCAUUGAAGGGUGUGACGGCUGAGGCUUGGGCAGCUGCUGUGUCGAAAGUUGUUGGAGGCAAAUCCGGUGGCAAAGAGCCGACAAGGCAGGGUCGAGGAACAAAUGCCGAGAAGAUUGAUGACGCUGUCGAGGCUGCAAGGAAUUGGCUUGAGCAGAAGCUGAGGCUGUGA